AGACCCUGACGUCAGACGCAGACUGCAGACGCAGACGCAGGCUCUUCUGGAGGAACGAGAAUGCAGCCAUAGUGAUAUGUAUGUAGCAUAUGCAUGGAGCAAUGUCGGGUCUUGUGAAAAGAGAGUGUGACAUUUUCCCUCACCCAGAGUUCAAUCCAAGAACGACGCAACUACUGAUUGAACUGACACAACAGCACUGGGACCAGUACAAAAUAAAUAAAACUCAAUUUUAUCAAAUGCUGCACGGUGAAUUCCUUGCGCACGGAUACAAUAUUCCGGCGCAAAAGAUUAGGAAAAAGUGGAAUAAUCUGCUUGUCACUUACAAGCGAACAAAAGACAGAACCAGGGUGUCAGGCGAAACGAGGAUUACUUGGGAGUACUUUGAGGCCCUUGACAGCAUUCUGUCACAGACAGUGGGCGUACCGCCAAUAUCGAGGGCCGCUAUCUCCACAGCACUCUUCCCUACCGUUACCGAGCAACGCCCAGCACCAGCGCUCAUGUUGCCCUCCCCUGCACCGUGUACGCCCACUCCUUCGCUCACUCAAUCACCUGACGGAAGCCAGGGAAGCUACACGGACUCCACCAUCACCACCUCGCCAACGACGUCACGCCCGCCCAGGGCAGAGGCCGACAGGAAGAGGAGCACGUUGCUGGAUGCCACAGACAUGUUUCUGGAGAAUUACGAAGGGCACACGCUGCGACGCACGAAAGUUCUGGAGAGCCUGGCCAACAGACACACGCGGCGAAACUUUGUAGCGGAAAAACGGAGGGAAAACCGGGAGGCGAGGAGAGAGAAGCGGGAGGAGGACAUGCUGGCCUGUUUGAAGGACAUGUCUUCAACGCUCCGCCAGAUUUCAAAGCAACAGGACCGUAUCAUAGCUCUGCUGGAAAAAAGACCCUAAUUUGUCCCUCUAAUUGGUUUUGCAUGUGUGUGCUCUAUAUAUUUUAUCUGAAUAGCUUGUGUGCAGGCCAGAGAGUCAGAGUAUGGUAUGGAAGUCCAGCAGUCCUGGACUAAUUUUGUUUAGUGAUGUCUACACUUGUUAACCCAGCUCUAAGUAAAAAAAAAGGAAGUUGCACAGGAAUGUGAGAGUGGGUUAAUGGUGCAUUAGCAUUUCUCACAGCUGUCAACACAGUGACCCAAUACCAGUGUUCUUUUAAAACCCAGAUCCUUUUUUAAUGUUUACACACAAAAUUCAAAACAGCAGGUGAAUUGUGCUAAAUUAUAAUUCCCUUUAGUUUUGAUAUAUAUUUGCAGUCAAUAUAAUUAAUUGUUUCAAAUUUCGUAGUUCUAACCAAGUGAAAAUAAGUUCCAUCUCUUCUGCUUCCCUUCCUAUGAAUAAAGGCCCUGAUUACGUUUAAGCAGUAUGUCCACUUGGGGGCAGUGUGUUAAAUUAGUCAAACGUAAUCAAGCCAGAGUAACCCAUGCAGAUGUUGGUGAAGGAGGCCUGCUUACACAGAUGGGUGAAUGAUAGAGAGCCAGGUAAAAACAAAGCCAAGUUACUAUCAUUAAUCAUUAAUUAAAUCAUUAAUAAAUGAGUUUCAAACCCUCAAUACUCAAAUACAUUAUGACAAAGACUUGAUUCUUAGAACUGAUGUGUGAUGCUUGAAGUGAUGUAGACCUGAAAAAGUUGCUCUGUUUUAGGGCUGUGUCACCCUUAAUCAUAAAGGAAAGCUGAGGUUAAACUCCUAUGGCAGAAGCUGGAUAAAUUGACAACUUUAGUAUCCCCCCAGGUGCAUUGUAAUUAGAAUCUAAAAACAACAAUUUACUUUUAUGAUAAACUUCUCUUCAUUUUACAAAAUGUGUUUUCUCCAAUAUACAUCUUGCCAGUGCUGAGGCACGUGUUUAUGUAAGUACAGUAGCUGGGUAGUUACUUGACUAACUCGUCUACCAACCUAGGUAGGUAUUGUGAAUAAUGUCAUGGUAUUUUAUGGAAUUAUGUUAUGGAAACAUUAUGUUAUGGAAUUUUCUGCAUUCAUCAUGUGAUUGUGUUUUACAGCAGAUUCUAUAGAAUAAGUUUAUGGUCAGCUAACUCAGCUUGACACAUUGUACUCAUUCAAACCCCUUCGUGUAUCUCUGUAGGAUGUGUCAAAUGAAUGUUCCAGCAUCCAGCAUUAAGAGGUCAGAAACUUCAGUGUUAAGAAUUCAGAUGUGAAUUUGUGUUUUUUCCACAAAAAAUGGAAUAAAAAGUUGGCGUAACAGACAGUGGAAUUUGGAAAAAUGGGAGAGAGGGGAAUAGAGUAACAUCCACAUGCAUAAUGGGGAUUCACGCCUCGCUCCCAUCAGCUGAAUUGAUCCUGACUGCAAAAACAAUGACAGCUGCAGUGACGUUCAGGUAAUUUCAGGUGUGGAACUAGGCCUAAAGGACUGUGAUCUCCUCACUUUCUAGCUUGAUGAAGGGAGAGAUGUGUUAUUAUAUUUUUAAGAUAACUGGAUAUUUUCCAAGAUAACUGAAUUCCACUAUGCCAAAAUAGUCAGUAGAUUACCAAGCUGAGGGUGAUGUUGACUUAGACAUUUGUAUGUGUAAAUGCAAGUGUGAGAAAUGACUUGAUUCACAGGUUGUGUAUGUCAGUCAGUGCUGUAAUUAAAGAGACACUGUGACUAGGUCGACACA